AUGUCUUAUAAAACAUUCCUUGUUGGUACUGGUGAGAAAAAGAUUUAUUCAUGCCGUCUUUCUGCCAGUGGACAAAUAGAAUUACUUGGUGAAACAUUAAGCGGCAAUGGAUCGACGUGGCUUUAUCCUCGUGGUGAUUUUCUAUAUGCAGUGAAUGAACAUGAUAAUAAAAUACAAAUAUUUACAAUCGAUGAUCGAUUUAUCGGCAAAUUAACAUCGUUAAAUAUUGUUUCGGCUAGAGGAGGUUCACCAUGUUUUCUUGAUAUUGAUCCAACUGGAAAAUGGCUUGCUAUAACCAAUUAUGGACAGUUUGGCCCUUCGAACAUUGUUCUUCUACCGUUAAAUGACAAGGGUAUCCCCGAUGAUCAUAAUGCUCAAGUUCUUACUAUGGAUGGUCGUGGUCCCACUUCCAUAUUUACUCAGCUAUUAUUCAAAUUUGGAAUAGCUAAUCGCGAUCGUCAACAUGAAUCUCAUAUUCAUCAAGUAUUAUUUUAUCAAGGCUAUUUAUAUGUGACGGAUAUGGGUACAGAUACUCUUAGUACAUAUCGACUCAAUGAUGUCACUGGAGAAAUUCAACUCAUUGGAGAUCGUUUUCGAACACAUGCAGGUGCUGGACCGCGUCAUCUAGUCUUUCAUCUUACUAAACCGUUUGCCUUCGUAUGUAAUGAAUUGGAUUCGAGUACGAGUGUUUAUCGAGUAGAUACUACUUCCGGCAAAUUUGAACAUCAACAAACAAUAACAACACGACAACAAAAUCUACAAGGUUAA